GCAAGGCACACCUCAGUGCUGGGGUGCGGUUAAUACCCUGAAGGAUCUGCACUUGCCAGAUCAGCACACUUAGGGGCUCCUGAGACAAUGGGCUGGAAAUCUUACCUCCCAGCUGGUAAGGUCACGGUCACCACAGAUGAUAUUUCCUACCAGAACCUUUCAAUGAAAUGAAUUAUGUCCUGAGCCAGGCAUAGAAAGGUCUAGAGCCAGUGUGAUCUCAGGGAGUAGGCAGUGAUUGGCCCAGAAGAAUCUCAGGCCUGGGAGCCCUGUCUAUAGGCCUUUGCACCAGACUGAGACCAGGGCCCUCUGUGGGGCAGGUAGGAUCUAACCUUAUAGAGGGCUGAAGUAUGGGGGCUGCUCAGCUGGUCUCUGGGGCUCCCCCAGCUUUAUAGCAUCUCCCAUCCACAGCUUGCAGACAUUGUGUGGCCCAACACAGGUAUGAAUGUGGUCUCACACAAAAUGAUGAACUUAUUUAAAACCUUAUAAGAUUUCUUUUGCUCAUCAACCCCACAGUUCCCCUGUGUAGACUUUGUAGAUAACAGUAUCAUGCCAUAAUGUCAAAAGGUAUACUGUGGCACCAGUAUACUCUUUGGCCCAACUGAUUUUGAUGUUGAUCAAGAUUUCAUGACCUUCUGCAAAUCACUGUUGAUGGGUGUCUUGAUGUAGGUUAGAUGAUGAUCCUAAAGCCCCCUCCCUCAAAGCUGUGGUGUGACCUCAUAUAGAAAAAGCUCUUGCCACUGAGGAUGUAAGAGGGAGGCCACCAUCAUGGGAUGUCUGGCACACCCCAAGCCAAGGUCAACUGUCUUUCCAGAAGGUGCCCGAAGGGAUCUGAGAAAAAAAGGGUGGCCAUUCAGAUAGAGGAGGUGGGGUAGCCCAGAACAGCAUGUAGAAUGAGGUGGCUCUCCCAUUCUGAGCAUUGUGGCCUGAGUAACCAGGCUGCGCUUACUGUCCAUGUGGCCCUGUAUGUGUCCUAUACAGUGUUGGACUCUUAGUCUCCCCACAGGUGGCUGUCCCUUGUUAUCCCUAAUCCAGGGACUUCUGAAGGUGCACAGAUGGCCUAAGCCUGAGACCAGCCAUCACUUACCCAUGACUCCUCACUCUGGGACUCCUACUCAGGGCUUAGAUAAGGGAAAUUAUGCCCAGCCUCUGGCACAUAUUGGGCCUUUCAGCAUGCAUUGAGAUAUGUUCCUUCAGGAGGUGGCCUGACCCAGGCUUUAUCUCAACAGCAUGUGAGAGGAGCUGUCAUGAGCAAAUGGCAGCCUUGAAGUCUUCCAAACCCUGCCAACUCUAUCCAACUGGCCUUUGCUGUGGUACCAUCCUAUGUGCUGAUCCUUCCUGGAUAACCCUAAACCUGCUGCCCCCUCUAGAAGUCCAGUAUCCUGGGGCAUGUCUGCAUCCAACCUGAAGUCAGGGAACUGGGAGUCCAGGUGAUGAUGAGGGUGGGUGGUGGGCAGUGAGUGAGUAGGGUACCCCACUAGGCUUCCCUUCCCAGGCAGCAUAUGUGAGGGGUAGAGUGGAAUCUUUCCAAGUAACUCACUGGGGAACAAUAGCAUACUCCCCUAGACAUGACUUUGAGGCUCACACAUCAGAAUUUAGUCUCUGGGUUGUUAUGCAUACAAAGGCUCAUGGUACCUUAGGUUUUUACUUGAGCCCAAGAAGCCCAUUGAACAUUUAUUGAUCUGUGGGGAGCUGUCCCCACGGGGCCUUUGAAUGUUGAUAGCUUCAAUUACAGCCCAUGGCCUGUGUGUUUGGUCAGCUCACGGUCUACUGUCAAAGCCAUUUGCUUGGUUUUCUUUCUUUUAAUUUGUACGUACAUGUGUGCAUGCAUGCAUGGGUGCACCCAUAGAGGCCAAACAAGGAUAUCUCAUCCCCUGAAGCAGGAGUUAAAGGCAGUUGUGAGUCACCCAACAUGGGUGUUGGGAUCUGAAACUCUGGUCCUCUGGAAGAGCAGCAAGUGCUUUUAUCCAUGGAGCCAUCUCUGCAGCCCCUGGUUUUCUUUCUUAAAUCUGCUUUAGUCAUGGUGAAACGCAGGUGCUGACCAUGUCUGUGUGCUUAUGUCAGAAGUGUGAAGCUCACUCACCUCCAGAACUUUCUAUCUUUUUAGACUGAAACUGUUCCCAGCCUUCUGUCUCUGCAGACCUGGUAACUCUGGGGGCCUCUGAAGAGAAUCUUCCUGAAGUGUGUGUCCUCUCAUCCCUGGCUUAUCUCAGCAAGUGUCCUCAAGGUCCACCCAUGCCUAGUGAUCUUUUGUGUAUGACAUUUGCACCCCCACCCCCACCCCCGCGCAAAUAACAAUACUUUCAGGGCACUUCACACUAUUAUCACGUAUGCAGAUAUAAUAGCUCAACGUCUCCUGAGAUGAUUCAGUGUUGCAUUUUAGGUCCUGGGAAUUGAUGGUGGUUAGGCUGAAGGUCAAUUUCUCUGGAACAAAUUCUGUGCCAUUUGCAUGUAUAGAGCAUAAUCCUUCUCAAUGGGAUGAUGAGGUGCUCAAUAUCAGAUCUAUGUCUGAAUGGGUCUGGUGGCCAGGGUUCUAGGCCCAGCCCUGGCCUCUCCUGGAUCAGCUACUAGUCAGGGGCCUGGUAUAUAUGGAGGCGAUCUCCAAGUCAUAGUCCCAAUUUGCCAUAGCUGGCCUAUGCAUGUCCCCAUCACUGUUCCCUGUACCCCUAUGCCUCCUUCUGGGGCAGCCACGUGGUUCUGGCUUGAUGCCACAUUCUGUGUUCCCAGGGCACCUGGGCAUAGAGAUAUUGAAGUGAUGUCCGAUAAGGCAUUGGACGUCCCUCAGGGCUGGGUGGCGGUCACAGCCAAUGAGUUUGAUUUAGAGCAAGUGGAGAAAGCAGGCUAUUGUUCCUGAGAACCUCCUGUUUCAUACCCUGCACAGUGAACUCUCUUCAGAACAUGCUAGUUUGUGUCUAGGGACACAGGCAUUUUCCUGGGCCUUAGUUUGCCUUGCUUCUGGUGGGGGAAGUAGAGAGGGCAUCUUACGGUGGCCUGACCUAGGGUAUGCAGGUAAGGUGAAGCGAUGCUGAUUGCUCUAUAGAGGCAGGAAGGGGGUGGGCAGCUGGCCUUUGAGCUCCCCAAAGGCAGAGACCCUUAGUGCGGCCUCUCUGAAGCUCCCAGCCCCACCCAGGCCAGGAACAGAUAAAGUAGCAAAUAAGAUAAUACUCAUUUUAUCGGGAGUAGAUAAAGAAUAAACUAUGCUGUAUAACCCUUUCUCGGGCAGCACAGUGUGUUUAAAUAUUUGAAGAACUGUUUAGUUUUCGGAAUACUUGAAGCUAAAAGGCAGCCAGCACGUGGGGGCAGAUUGCCACCAUUGUCCCCAACCUCAAGGUUCCUGGGCAGGUCAGCAGGGGCUAGCUGUGGUGAGUGCGUUGCCUAGCUCCUGCCACCUUCCUGGUCACUAGGUGGUUUUCUGUCUGCACUGAGAACUUAGCUAUUCUGCACAUCCACCCCAGGAUUGGUCUGUGUGUCCAAGGCCUUCCCUGCUGCCAGUGGGGGCAGUCAGAGAGUAGGGGGCCUUCCACACAGCCUUGUUUGGAUACCUCCUUCCAGGCUGUUGGAAUUUCUACCCACAGGCUGCAGCUGUUGCCCUCCUGAGGCCCUGAGCCUCCUGCAGAUGUGGACAGAGUGGCCUGUAGCAGCCAUUCCUCCUCUUGUGGCCUAUGGGAAGGUCUUUGAUCCCUUGCUACACCUCUCUGAUCCUCGGGUUCUGUAGCUAUUGUAUUCCAUUUUGGAGCCAAGGCUACCUUACAGGGCUUGAAAGGCUAAGUUGUCACCCCGACAGUGAAAGAAUCGAAAUCCCAUUAGGAGAUAUGUCAUUGUCACCUCAUGGUUCAGCCUGAGUGACCUAAGGAACCCCAGGAACCUCAGUGUCCCCUCUGAAAUAGCAGCUGGAUUCCAGCACGGUAACACUGUGACCUGUCAGAUUCCUAUGGGACCGGUGUUACUCACUGUCAAGCCCUGGCCAGGUGAAAAGUGAGUGGACCUGGCCGCAUAGUGCCCUGAAAGGAUUCCUUGACAUUGGACCUUAAGGUGCUCCCGGGGUAGCAGGAGGUUUUCAUCAUGUGUGGUGACACCAGGAGUUUGGAGGCUUCUCAAAGACCUUGGGAUAGUCACCACCUCACUUCUAGGUGGUGAGCCCCUGAGGGGUGUGCACUGUGCUGUAACCUGUAGCUCCAUGAGAGGGCGUCUCUAAGCUCCUACCGUGCCAAUGGGGAAUCUGAAACGGGGGCCACUUGACUGUUGAGGGGCAGCCAGAAGGGGCUGCGUCUCUUCAUGCUGGUCCUUCUCUGGCUCCAUGUGUAACCAAUGGUCUGGGGUGGGGCGUCUGUUCUACUUUCUAUUAUCCAGGGAUGGACCCAACCCUACUUCCCUGCCGGCUGCAAGUCAAAACAGCACACACCCAGGAUUAGUAAGGUCCCACUGUGUGAAGAGUCAGCCUGAGGAGAGAGCAGAGCCUAGCCAGAGAGGAACUGAGUCCCAAAAGGCCUUAAGGGCCUCAGAAAGCAGAUAGGGAUCCAUGACUGAGAACCAGACCUCUCCAGCAGGCCUGAAUGGAGGCCUAACCUGUGGGUGGGUGGCGGAAGGGUGCUCACCUCACCCCGUGUUUGCUGUGUCCACACAAGAGCCAAGGCUUCUCGAUGACCCAUGUGGCUGGUUCACCACACAGGGGCUUCCAUGGACCAAUGCCGUACAGCAUGACAAUCAGCGUAGUUACCACUGGCCACGGGAAAUACCACUAGGGAGUCCAGGAGGACCUGGGUGUGCUGUCAUGUUGCUCUGGGAGGGUCCUCAGGACUGAGGCAAUGUGGAGAGUGGAUGUGAGGAAACAAUCCCUGGUAGCAGCAUUGGGUGCCAAGGUUAGAGGCUGGCUACCGCCAGAGCUCUAGGCCUGUGAGGAAAGCAUGGCGGGAGAGAAGGCCUCAAUCUGGGGAGUGACGAGGGCUGAAGCCUACCCAGGGGUUCUUCUGGGGCCAAAUCAGACGUGUGCUCCCGGUGAGCAUCCUGGUGUGGAUGGUGGCCAGGGAUCAGUGCCAACUGGGGCUAUUGCCUACCGUGACAUGAGGUUAGCAGAGGUGUGGUGAGAGGGGCAGAAGCUAGGGAGUAGAUGGAGGUGUGUAUGUGUUGGGGACCUGAGAUCUCUGUACACCAGGCUCUCUGCUGGGCACCUGUUCCAGAGAUGCUCACUAGCUGGGGGUGACUGCAGGCACUAGGAGUUGGUAGAGAUACGUGGCCGUAAGUGUUGUGACUGAGGUGGCAUGGGGGACUGAGUAGGCACUGGAGCCGCCUCUUUGCAUAUGAGAAGGGACCACUUUGUAGGAGCCUGAGUCUCUGUCUCCAGGCAGGGCAGUGACAGGAGGUCCUCAAGACCAGGAAGGAGGGACGGGGAGCCAGGACUGGGUCCACUGCUGUAUCACACUAGGGAUGAUGAUGUGGGGGAGCUGAAGGUGGAGUGGGCACCUGGGCUGGGGUAAGGAGGAGGCUGGGAUGUGCUUUGCAUGGGCGAGCAAGUGGCCAUGACAAAUGAAGUGUCUGUCAUGGGGGAGGCAUGGUAAGCUGUGACUUCAGACUUUGACCUGGCAGCGCAGGUAGCAGAAGGGGGCAAUGGGGAGUGAUGGGGCUUUUAGCUCUGUCGGUCCUCCAGGCCUCUAGCGGUAGCUGCAAAGGCCAGGAAUGGAUGGAAUCAGUCUUGAGAGGUACGGGAGACCCGAGUUGUGCCUCCCCCAGGAAAAUCUGUGGCUGAGUCAGGCCACUGCCACUGCAUGGCUUCUAGGAGGUUGAGGCUGGUGAUCUGGGCCUUAUAAAUUGGGGAAACCAGAUAUGGGAUUGGUGGAAGGUGUGUGAGUUCCUUGAUGUGAGCAGGAGUCUGUGCUGGGGCCCUGAUGUCUUUCUGUAUGGCUUCUUUGUCUGCCCCUCUUAUGGCCCUGGGACAGUGUGCCAGCUCCCCCACUUCCAUUCUGAUCCCCAAGAACCUGCCAAAAGGGCAUGCAGAGUCUUUGAAGCACCACCCUCCCAAGCACCUCCCUAUUUGCUACCCUGGGGGCAACUUUGAAGGCUACCUUGGGUGGUGAUACCCAGGGAUGGAGAGCUCAGUGGAGGCGAGACUCAUUUCAGUGCUCUUGGAAUCAGAGCAGGUGGUGACUGUGCCCUCUGUGUGCUAGCUGUGCCUUCUGGGUGCCCUCGAGGUACAGGUCCUGGCUGUGCUUGACCCUUCUUUCUUGGUGUCUCCCCAUUAGCUGAGGGGCUGUACCCUCCUGCACUCCUGGGCAUGGAGGCCCCCAGUUUGUAAAAAUGGCUUUUUGGGCUUCAGUUGUACACCAAGGCUCUUGCACAUUCUGAGGUUGGACUAUUGAGUCUCCGAGGAGACACUGACCUGUGUGACAUUCCUGUGGAUUGGCUGCUGGACCAGAGCAGUCAGGUGACAGAUGAUCUUGGGAUGGGGAUGGGGUGGCCACAUAGUGGUCCAUGUACAUUGAGACAUUGAGACACCAGUUUGGGGUCCAUCCUCAUGAUGGUAAAUGGUUUCCAUCCUAGGGACCCCAUGUCUGAGUGCACUAGCUGAGGGAUACUUGGGGUUGCCAGCACUAAAGACCUUGCGUGUGGGGUGUCGGGAAGGAGGGCGGCAGUGGGGGCAGCUGGACCAGGCACUGACCAUAUGCCCCUGUUUCACAGCUUCCUCAUCGUCCUGGUCUGCCUCAUCUUCAGUGUCCUGUCCACUAUUGAACAGUAUGCUGCUCUGGCCACCGGGACCCUCUUCUGGAUGGAGAUCGUCCUGGUGGUGUUCUUUGGGACAGAGUAUGUGGUCCGCCUCUGGUCUGCAGGCUGCCGCAGCAAGUACGUGGGCAUCUGGGGCCGGCUGCGCUUUGCCCGGAAGCCCAUUUCCAUCAUUGACCUCAUCGUGGUUGUAGCCUCUAUGGUUGUUCUCUGUGUGGGCUCCAAAGGACAAGUGUUUGCCACAUCAGCUAUCAGGGGCAUCCGCUUCCUUCAGAUCCUGCGGAUGCUGCACGUUGAUCGCCAGGGGGGUACCUGGAGGCUUCUGGGCUCUGUAGUCUUCAUUCACCGUCAGGAGCUGAUCACCACCUUGUACAUUGGCUUUCUGGGUCUUAUCUUCUCCUCCUACUUUGUCUACCUGGCUGAGAAAGAUGCAGUGAACGAGUCCGGCCGCAUCGAGUUUGGCAGCUAUGCGGAUGCUCUGUGGUGGGGGGUGGUCACAGUCACCACCAUUGGCUAUGGGGAUAAGGUACCCCAGACAUGGGUUGGGAAGACCAUCGCCUCCUGUUUCUCUGUCUUCGCCAUAUCCUUCUUCGCACUCCCAGCGGGGAUACUUGGCUCCGGGUUUGCCCUGAAGGUCCAGCAGAAGCAGAGGCAGAAGCACUUCAACCGGCAGAUCCCAGCCGCAGCAUCACUCAUCCAGACUGCAUGGAGGUGCUAUGCUGCUGAGAACCCUGACUCAUCCACCUGGAAGAUCUAUGUCCGGAAGCCUGCCCGGAGUCACACUCUGCUGUCCCCCAGCCCCAAGCCUAAGAAGUCUGUCAUGGUAAAGAAGAAGAAGUUCAAGCUGGACAAGGAUAACGGGAUGAGCCCUGGAGAGAAAAUGUUCACUGUCCCUCACAUCACAUAUGAUCCCCCAGAGGAUCGGAAGCCAGACCAUGUCUCCAUUGAUGGCUAUGACAGCUCAGGUAAGCAAGCUCCCAUGUGUGUAGGGGCAGGGCACUCAGUGCUGACCCUGUAGCAGCGUCAAUCUGACUUGGGGAGCUUCCAUGCCACCCACUCUUAGUUCUCUCCUGGAAUGCUGUCCAUAAGGUCCUAUAGCAUAUACACAGUCACUGCCUACCUUGGAAUCCCAUGCAUAGCUUGAGGUCUCUGCUCCAGGAGGAUGGAAGGCAGAUUAGACCUGGAAGCUUCUGGAAGCUUUGAUGUCAUGUUCCCCUUGUCUUUCCCAAGGAGGUACUCACUACACAGUCUGUUGAGAGGAUACCUACAGCUACCUUUAAAUGUUGGGGGUCAGCAUGGCUUGUCCUGGCCACAAAAGGGAAGGUGACAUAUAUGUCCUGUUCACUGGGCUUCUCUCUUUCAGCACCCAAGUUCUGUGUUUGAAAAAUGGCUGGGGUGACCUCUUGGAGAUUUGCCCACUGACAGGGAAGUCCAAAGGUGAGGGUGGUAGACAUGAGGCCUCUGCAGGCCCUAGAGGGCCAGUGACUGGCUGGUGAAAUCAUGGGGACAUAUGGAAUUGGUUUCGGUGCCUUGAUGGACAAACAUUUCUUAUGCAGCCCUAAGUCUGUAUCCAGUGUCACCAGAACUGCUCUAUAUUCAUUCUUCUGUGGGGCCUGGAUGAGGCCAGGUUCAUGGAACCUGGUGAUAAGACUGCAGGUCUGUCCAAAGUUUGGAUGCUUGGGUCCCAGUUCAAGUUUUGCCUCUGUUAAGCCAUAGCGAGGCUCUGUAAUACACAUGUGAAAAGGGAACUCGGAGAGGUCAGGCCUAUUUUCCAGGCCACACAGUGGGAAUAUGGCAUGCCUCCAGAUAUGCCUCUGGGUCACCAGCUAUAGGGCAGAUAGGCUGUGGGUACUCUUGACACAUCCUUCCUUUGGUCUGGAGACCCCUUUAUCAAAGGACCACAGGAGGAGCACAAGGUAUCCAUUGACCAGAGAGACUUCUCCAGAGGUACAUGUGCUGUUUCCAUUAUUAUUAUUUUUUUUUUUGGUUUUUCGAGACAGGGUUUCUCUGUGUAGCUUUGCGCCUUUCCUGGGACUCACUUGGUAGUCCAGGCUGGCCUCGAACUCACAGAGAUCCGCCUGGCUCUGCUUCCCGAGUGCUGGGAUUAAAGGCGUGCGCCACCACCGCCCGGCUUGCUGUUUCCAUUAUUAUGGCAUACUGUCAAGCACUUUCCCAUGAGACAGGGCUGUAUGGGUCUAGGACGCUCACAUUCCUGGCCCCAGAUACAAAGUGGACAUUCUGAGUUUGUAGCAUAACCCUUAGGAAACAUUAUAGGUGGCUGUAUGGGUCUAGGACGCUCACAUUCCUGGCCCCAGAUACAAAGUGGACAUUCUGAGUUUGUAGCAUAACCCUUAGGAAACAUUAUAGGUGGCUGUAGAAGGGACCCUCUCUUUCCUGUAACUCUCAUAUCUCUCUGAAAAAAAAAAUUUCAGUGCCCAGCUCAAGGUGUAUGACUGAAUUCUCUAGCAACUGUCUAUAACUUAAUUUGAAUGGUUCUGGUCUUUUUAUUCCUCUGAGUCAGUGUGGGUGUUGAGAUAGUGAUCUGUCAGUAGGACCAGGAUGUGGCUCAACUCACUACAUGCUUUUUGCUCAGCAUCUAUGGGAAACCCCUUAAACUGUCCUGCUGGCUGCUUCCUCUCAGGACUAUUUACUGAGGCAAAUGGUCCAAACAUCCCAGUGUCCACACAGGUUCUGCAUCCUCUGACUCAAUCAAAUAGCAGACUAUUACAUGGCAGUUGCUCUUCUAAAGAAUCUGGAGAUGUCAUGAGGAUGUGCAAGAAAGUUCCAUGCAAAUGUUUUCCUAUUUUAUCUAAGGGACUUGAAUAUCCAUGAAUUGGGGAAGUCCUGGAACCACUUCCCGAAAGACAGGGAGGAGAGACCUUGCAAAUAUUCCUAAAGUCCCUGCCCAAGAUUCAGUCCUUAGGUGGAGGGGACAUCUGACUGAAAGCACAAAGAAAUGAUAGUUGGGCUAUGGCACUUGAGGUCAGGAGAAGCCUCUUACAGAUGGAGAGGUAGAAGGUUGAGCCAAAGGAAUGGAUGUUCAGCUUACUCCCCACUUGACUACUAGCUCACUCCAGCAAUGAUAGGUAACUCAGGGCCUAGUGCCGGCUCCUGUGGUCCCAGUUUCUGCAAAUCAGAAUCUUGCCUCUAGUUCAGAAUUGUUCCUGCUUACCUUCAAUGAGUCCCAGGCUCUAAGGGGAGGCUUCAUUUGAGUGUCCUGUUGAGGAAUGGACAUCCAGUUUCAGUAUCUGGGCUGCCAACAGUCAUGCCCAGCCUUGUGUGCCAUGUGGUCAGGUCUUGUGCCUGGCAGGAAACAGGCACUGACAUUGCACUGUGGUAGCAUGGAAACUAAGGGUGCAGACCGACAAUGUGUGGGCAGCACCAUCUCCUGUGUCAAGACUCUGCCCCUCUGCUGUGUGCUCAUUUAGGUCGGUGCCUCCCUUCUCAGAUUUCUUCCCAAUGCCUGGCACCUGCCAGAAUGUUUGGGGACUAAGAAUGUUCCAGAAACUUCCAGCUUGUUGGCAGAUGUAAGGAUAGUUUCAGGUAUAGCAGAGGGUGACCAACAACAUUGUUCCUCAUCCUUCUCAUAGGUGUCAGGGCCCUAGCCUACUAAGUUCAGCUUGUCCGAGGGCAGCUGACCUGUGUCCUGUGUCAUUGUUCCCACCAAUACAUCUUGGCAGGAGGGUGGGAAGUGCUCAAGAAAGGGGCUGCGGCUGUUCUAUGCUCCUGAAGGCUACCCUAGGCAUCCCGUCUGUCAGGACCCAGUCUGGGCCCCACUCUACUGAGCGCCAAGCUGCUGCGUCCUCAUCAGAUGGCAUGGGGAUUUGGCUCAGGGCUGGCCACAUCUCCAUGAGCCCCUGGGACAUACUCCCCGCCUGCCCACUGGAGCGGGCACAAAGGGCAAUUGUGCCAACAAAUGCCCAGUGCCCCUGCAGCUCUGCUUCAGGGGUAGGACCAUUGUCUCAAUGCAAAUAGGGGCUUUCUGCUAAUGCUAAUGGGCAGGUUGGGCGUGAGCAGAGGCGGCAGGGAUGCAGCCCUGUGCCUGCCCAGGAGAAGCAUCACUCGAUGUUUUCUGAAUACGGGGCAGCAGUGUCCCUGCCGUCCAUUCAGCCUGCUUAGUGUUAUGAAGUCCGAAGUGAUGUCUGUGGCAUGUUAAUGAGGUACACGAGCGGAGAAAGCAGCACUGCUUGUGGAAUGCUCCCACACCGCACCAUCUCUUUCUAUUAAUGAGAUAAGUCAGCCUAGUCCAGAGCCACCAGAUUUUGGAGACUGAGCUACUAGUCUGGCCCCUCUAAGGACCUGGGGUAACCCCUACCCCACAGGUUACCUGAUAUACUGAAGUCUCCUUAUUUAAGAGGCUCUUGGGAAUCUUAAGCACUCUGGCAUGGAGACGGGGUGCUAAUCCCAGUGGGGGAGGGAUAUCAUCACUGGGAAAGCCCCAGAGUGUCUGCUCCCAUGAAGCAGAGCCUAAGCAGUCACACUGACUUCUAGUGCCAGGCCAAACCCGGACUUGGACCUCAGCUGUGUGUGAGAACUAAAAAGCCAUCAUCUUGUCCUAGCAUAGGACACACUCCUGUUCAUGGUGUGCAAAAACUCAUCUGCACACAGUCCUUCACUGUAUGCUGAAGGUAGAAGUGGGAUGCAGUGCUGUUCAAAGGUAAAGGUGACUGGACAGAGGCCCAGAAUCAUUCAGGGAUCUCCCAAAGACAUGCAUGUAUCCUAAGGAAACUCUUCUAGGUCACCUAUGAGAUAUGUGCAGGUUUGUUGGACUUGGACUGGUAGAAGCAGGUAAGGGAAGGUGUCUCUUGGUGGUAGCAUCAGGGUACCAUCAGCCUUCCCUGCAGUGAAAAUGGGGUAUGUGUUCCUUAUAGAGAAGCACUGUGAAAAGCAGGCAGGAGUCUACUCCUCCCCAGAAGGCCCACCACUCUUGCCAUGAUCUUGUGCUUUCAGUGAAGAUGGAGGUAAUGCCAACAGCUUAUAGAGGGCACAGGGAACCAUCUAGGCCUCUCUCUCUUGGAGGACUCAAGCCACAUGCCAUUCAACUUACUAGUAUUCAAAAGGGAUUGAUAUCCAGGUCUAAGUUGGAAGUACAGAGCAAGGCCCAGGGCCUUAGAUGAUGGAGAAGCCUGACACUGGUGACCUGACUACUACUGCCCAUAGAAAUCCUGAGGACUCACUUGUGGGCUUAGUGGACAUCUAACACACUGACAGCCAUUUCUCAGUGAUGGCGUGGAUGCAUUAUAUGCAGAGAUCCUGCUGUGGGUGGGGCUUGAUUGUUUUCACGAAUGUUGUAGGUCUGCCAUCGUGUGUCAAACAGCAGCCCUGAAUCCCAGGAGUUCACAAAGCUGUCAGUGACAGAGGUGCUUUCUGCAGGCCCUCCACUCCAGGCUGAGAGCCUGCCUGUAUACGAAUUUCUAUGACCCCAUAGGAUUAAAUUUUAAAUGCUUUGCUGAUCACUAUAUCAUGUGGACACAUCUCCUGAGCCUCAUGAGACCUGGGUGUGUUCUAGGUACUAUCACGCCACCUGCCCCCACAAUACACACCUCUAGGCUGGUGUUGCCCAGUAUUUUAGUUUUGCCUUUUUACAGUCUUCUGCAUUAGUUGUUCACAUUGCUAGUGGUGUGAACACUGAGGCUUGCUCACAGAUUUAAAUAAACUUCCUUCUUCUGGGAGUCUAGGCUUCCUCCAGGGAUGGUCUUGGUGAGCAUUCAGCUGCAGCUGGGUUGCAUCUUUUAAUUGUUCCUUGCUCCUGGAUGAUGGUUCAGUUUUGGGAAGAAAGUUAUGUACAAACACCUCUUUGUACAUGACCUUUUCACCCCUGGUGACUCUGAAAAAUUCUCAUUGGAGUUUAGUGUUAUAUAAACUAUGAUGUAUCAAAGUGGUGGAUCUCGUGUGUGUGUGUGUGUGUGUGUGUGUGUGUUUUAUCAUGGGUUGUGGUACUGACUCUUGAAUCUGAGGGUUUAUGUCUCUCAUCAAGCAAGCAAAGUGGCUCCUAUAUCUACUGGAAACUGUUGUGUAUAUAUGUAUGUGUAUGUGUGGGGGCCAGGGGACAACUUUGGUUAUCAUUCUCAGAAACACCAUCUCCUCCUUGGAGAUGGCGUCUCUCAUUAAUGAGCUCUAAUUCAUUAAUUAGGCUAGACUGUCAGGUCAGUGAGCCCAGGAAUCCUCCUCUCUCUGCCUCCCCACUGCUGGGAUUUCAAGCACAUGCCAACAUACCAUGCAGAUUUGUAUGUGUUCUGGGAAUCAAACCAAGGUCCCCAGGCAUGUAAAGCAAGCACUUUCAGGCUGAACUCUCUUCCAAGCCUCCCCUCUAGAAUCUUCUAUGGGACCAUCUCACCUUGUCCUUGGCUGUCUCAGUCUUUCUUAGGCCAUCCAUACUGUGUCUGUACUUGCAGCUGUUCUUAACUGCAGGCAUAUCUCAUCCACUGUCCUACCCAUCCACUGAGACAGUCAUUUUAGUUACCAUAUAUUUUCUCAUUUCUGUGCAUUCUUGUGCAGAGCUUUAAAUCAGCUUGGUUUUAGCACCUUGUACCUCUCUAAUAUUUCAUAUUACAACUUUUCAUUUUGAAGUCAUGUGAACAUGUUUAUUUUUGCAGUCUCUAUCGAUAAGUUCAACAUCUGAAGUGCUUGGAGUCUAAUUCCAUGUACUGUGGACUCUUGUUCAUAGUAGCGUUCAUCCAUGGGGUUCUUAGGGGAUGCAUAUUACUCUACAGAUGCUAUAUACCUUCUUUCAUACAGGAUAGCUCAGGGAACCCAUCCAGGGUCAUUAUGGCCUCAGCUUUAGACUGGAUUUUCUAGAGAACUCCUGUGCUGGGAGUAGAGACUCAUCUCUUGGAGAGCAGGUUUCUGUCAUGCAGGUCAAGCAGGGACCUUUGGUUUUAUACACUUGGAAGAAUAGACCCAAGACAAAUGAAUUUCCUUCAUUCCCCUACCUACCAAUGUGUGGGCUUAUUUUGUUUGCUUUGUUUGUUUCUCUUGAGUCUACUCUUUUGAUAUUUGUGUAUCCUCUAUAGGACCUAAUUUUAUAUUGGGGAGGGGUCUCAGUUACUUCUUGCCUCAUGAAGAUUCCAGAUUUACCUUCUUCUUUAGGGACAAUCAGAGUCCAUAUGCAGCUACUCAGGUAGGCUGAGUCCCAGGCUACCUGGUUCAAGUUGAAUGUGUUCUGCCCUGCUGGACCUGCUGUGUUGACCAGCCAGUUCCCAAGGCUGAUUCCAGAGCUACUUUUAUCAGGGGAGCCCAGAGGUAUGUGCAAGGCAGGUGUUCUGCUUCCACAAACUUGCCUAGGGACUUGCAAGAAGCGGAUUUUUAGGACAGGGGGUCUGCUUGCUGCUAGAGACAGAAGAUUUCUCUUCGUGUCAGAAAAAGUUCUCUCCAUACAGGUGACCAGAACUCAUCUGCAGCAGAUUUAGAAACCCACUCUACAAAACUUUGGGCUAUCUUGAUUGUGGGAAGGUCCUGAAAUCUAACAGGUACCCAUGUUACUAUGAAGCAGGUGGUUUAUAGAUUAGUCCUGGGAAACUCCAAGUGUGAGGUCUGUGCCAGCUGCAGAGGCAAGAGCAGUUCUUCUGUGACUUCUCAGUCUUCCCACUAGGCUUCAUCAGAGCUACCAGGGUGGAAGGGCAAGGCCUGAGUGUGGGACAAUAGCAGGCUGAUAGUGCCAUCUGCCACCUGCACCUAUGUUCUGUGCAUCAGGUAUGAUAUAGCUCAGGACUUUGGCUGGAAGGACUCUAAUCAAAAUUUCUAAAGACCCUCCCAGUUGCCACAAAUGACUUACAGCAGCCUCAGUAUCCUGAGGAAGUUGGUCAGGACUUUGGGCUACAAAACUUAUCUCACUGAUGGAAUGUAGGCUAUGGUGGUGUCAAUGGGAAAGCUAGUCAUAGCUUCUUGGGUACACUUUGAGCCUGGAUCAGAACCUUCUCAUCAGCACUGCCUCUGGCCUCUCAUUUCUAUUCCCAGUGUCCUGAUGACUCUCCUUCUCUUUGGGGCUGUCACUGAUAACACUACCCUAUCAUUCUGCCUUUUUACCUCCUGUUUGUCAUCUCAAGUCUAGUCUUCAUGAUCAAUGAGUAGACUAACCAAUGGGUCCACCUUGAAUGGAAGUAUGGGCUGGUAAUGGCCUUGUAUACCUAGAAGGGUCAUGUGCCCUAUAAGAGCCUGGUUUCCCCUCAUCUUUUCAGCAGUAUCUUAGCCAUUUCUGUCUUUGCCCUUGGCUGGACUUUCCCAGCUGGCACAUCUGCCCAAUUGCCUUCACACUGCAGCCUGUAUCUUUAAGAAACUAUAUCUACUUUGAAGUUUUAAGAAAUAUAUUUUUUCUGAUUAGUAAAGUAGAUUAUAUUCACUGUGAAGCAUGAAUACAGAGAAAAUGAUAAAGAAUAACUAGUUGCUGUCUUACUGCUGUUAGGUUUUGGACAACUGUCCUCUCCCUGGCUACACCCCAGCUUUGAUGGCUGUCAUCCCUGGGUUGGGUCCACAUUGAAUGCUCAGUUUUAAUCCUGCUUUUAUCUACUUACUGUGACAUGAGCAUUAAUGCCUGUCAUUUUAAAUUCUUUUGAAACUGGUUUGUGUUGUUUCUAGGCAAAUAUUUAUGCCAAUAAUUUUGUGGUGUUCACCUGCUAUCCAGACUCUGAAAGCUAGCUUGGAUCUGAUGGGAAAGUGCCCACAAGCUUUAAAUGUUUUAUUUCAUUGGAAUUGGAUUCAGCACUUUACUCUUCUGAACAGUGAUACUUCUGAUAUUUAAACUUAUUCUUCUGAAGAGGAAAUAAAGUCCUAAAUUUGUGACUAUUUAGAAAAGUAAUGAUGAAAAUAUUCCAUAUCAGAUCCUAUGGUGUAUAUGUAAGGUGCUUAAAUCAUUGGUGACUAACAAAUUGAUGCUUCUGUUUUAAUUAUGGGAGGGGGCAUAUGUACAUAAAUGCAGGUGCUUGCACAGGCAAGAGCUAUCAGAUCCCCUGGAGUUGGAGCUAUAGGGUCACCAGAUGUAGGUGCUAAGAACCAAACUAGAGUCCUCUGCAAGAGCAGUAUGCUCUCUUAACUGCUAAGCCAUGUCUCCAGCUUCAUAAGUUGAUAUUUCUAAAGACAGCUUACCAUGAAACAAAAAGGGAAACAAUAUAAAAUAAUAUGUACAAAAGGAGAAAGAAAAAUUUAUAAGUAGUGUUAAUAUAUUUUAAUACCUCUGUUGCUAGAGAUGCUACUAUCAGACAUAAAAGUCAGCAGAAGUGCAGAUCCAAACAAUACUUUCAAUCAAGUUGACUUAACUAACCCUGGUAGAGCAUUCCUACCAACAACAGCAGGCUAAAUAUGGCUGCCAGCUACACAGAGAGCACAUGCCAAGACAGACCAUAUUCUGAACUUUGAAAAAAUUUCAUAAACUUAAAAUUAUUCAAGUCAUAUGUCCUUUGACCACAAUAGAAUUAAAAAAUCAAUUAAAAAGAUGUCAAAUUCUGAAAUAUAUGGAAAGUAAAGAACGUGUCUCUAAAUAACACAGGGUCAGAGCAGAAAUCUAAGAGAAAAAAAUGUAGAAUGUUUUAAAUCAAAUGAAAGUGAAAACACAACAUGCUACAGUUUAUGGGCACUGCUAAAGAAGUUCUUGGGAGGACCAUAUAGCAACAUGCAAGCAUUUCAGAGAAGGCCUCAUACUGGGAACUAUAAAACUGCUAAGUAAACCAAAUAAAUAGUCAUAAGGAAAAUAAGGAUUUGUGGAGCAAAGUAGGAAAAUAAAAACAGGAAAAAAUAAUCAAACCAAUGUUGAUUUUUAAGGCCAGGAAAAAAAUCAAUAUGUGACUAACAAGCUAGACCAAGAGUGAUGUCUUAACUUGUCAGUGUCAGAAAUGAGAUGCUUGGCUUUGUGUAAAUGACAGGAUGUAAAACCACAAGACUAUCCUUUACAACUCUUUGUUACUAAAGUCUACAACUUACAUGAAAUGGCAAAGUUCUUGGGAAGGUAAAAUGCAGACAGAUGUAAGCCAAGUAUCAUCUGUUAAUACCAAUAAAACAGAAGAGCACUCCAGGACCAUGUUGUUUCCUGGUGAAUCCUGUCAUAUGUUUAAGAAAAAGCAAAGUCGUUUCUUUAAAAAAAAAGCGGGGGGAUUCUUCUAAGUUCUGAGACCAGCGUUACCCCAAUAUGAAACCCAGCCAAAAACAUUACAAAAAGGAAAACUGUAGAUAAAUAUCACUUGUGAACACCAAGCCAAACAUUUUAAGCAAAAUGAUCAAUUAGGGUUCAGGAAUGCAAAGUUAAUUUCAAUUUUUUUAAUUAGCAAAAUAAACCCUAUUAAUAAGUGACAACAGAAAGCCAUAGUUGUCUCAGAAGAUGCAGAAAAAGUAUUUGGCAAAAUUUGGCACUGAUGGGUUAUAAAGUAUCUAAUAGAAAAUAGAAGCUUUCUUAGGCUGAAAGAGAUUUAUUGACAAAAAACCUCCAGUUAGCAUAUUCAAUGAACAAAUACUGAUUGCUUUCCUCGUAUGUCAGAAGUAUAAACAUCUGGUCUUAUGACUUCUAGUCAACAUUAAGUUGGGGAUGCUUGCCUAGGGAAUAAGGUAAGAAGCAACAAAUUGGAAAAGAAGUGAAACUGACAGUAUUUGUAGAUUUCCUGGUUGUCUGUGUAGAAAAUCUGAUAUGUCAGAUAGGCCAUUGGAAUACGCAGCUUCAGUUCAGUUGCAGAUACAAGGGCAAAAAGCAAUUCUACUUCUAAAUUGUAGCUGCAAAUAACUUAGAAUUGAAAACUUUUAAAUACUACUCUGAGUAGCAUUAAAAAUGUGAAAUACGCAAAUGCAUCUGAUAAAAGGGUUCUCCUUUGGAACCUAUAGAACUAUGCUGAUGAAAUCCAGAAAAAUGAAUGUAGAUAUAUAUUAGUUUCACAAAUUACAGGGUUCAAUAAUUGAUUCUAAUUUCAGUGUAAAGUCAAUCAGAGGCCAGCAUGCAGAUAGCCUAGAAUAACCAAAGCAACUUUGAGCAUGAACAAGAUUGGAGGCUUAACUAGAUGUACAGUGUCAGCAUAGAGAAGCAAAAAAUCAGUGGAACAGAAUGGGGGUCAGGUGGACCUUCAUAUUUACUGAUGGCUGAUUUCUAAACCACAUGUGAAGGUUAUGGAUUUGUUUUUGUUUUUUGUGGUUUUUUUUGCAGGGAGGAGAAGACAAGAUGGAAAAACUGAAUAUCAAUUUCAAACACUUUUAUCCUCAUCUUCCACAAAAACUAAUUCAAAAUGGUCAUAGAACUGAAUUCAAAGGUUAAAACUUACAGGUCAAAACAAUAUAGUUAAGGAUAUCUUUGACACAACAUCCAAAGCAUGUAAUAAGAACAAAUUAGUCACACUUCCCAAGCAUGCUUUUUGAAAGACACAAUGAAAAAGACAGAUAUGGAAAGAAAGUAUUUUGUGUGUUCUGUGUUGUGCACUGCAUUUGAGUGUGCGAUUGUGCAUGUGUGUGAACACACAUACAGAGGACAAAGUAUUGGUGUCUUUUUCUAUGGCUCUCUACCUUCUUUCCCUGAAGCAGUCUCUCACUGAAUUGGAAGUUGAGUGUUUCAGCCAGACUGACAGGUCAGCAAGCUCCCAGGAUCUGCCUGUCUCUGCUCAACCCCCAUCAAUGCUAGGGUUACAGGUAUGUGCAGCCAUGAUAGACUUAGGGCUUUUUAAAAAAUGUGGGUGCUAGGGAUUUUAACACCUGUCUCUCUGUUUGCACAUCAACAGUUACCCAUUGAGUCAUUACCCCAACCCUGAAAAUAUUUUUAAAUCAUAUACCUGAUAAGGAAUUUUUAUUCAAAAAAUAAGUAAACAAAAAAACUGAGAAUAAAAAUACUUUCAUUAAAAAAGAAUUUAUAUUCAUAAUAUGUGAUGGACAUUUUAAACUGACAAAUAAGACAAUUAACACAUUACAAAAAUGUGUAAACUGUUUACACCAACACUUCAUAGCAAGGGAGACAUAUAGAAAAGCAUGUGAGACAAUUCCCAGCAUCAUUAGUUAUUGAAGAAGUGCACACAGGUAGACACUACUGCAUAACUACUAAUUAGCUAAAAUUAAGGAGUCUGACCAAGUGUUAGUGAGGACAUUAAGGAACACAGCUGUCAUAUGUCAUGGUCACAGUGUACUCUUCAGCGGUUCAGGGACUGCAAAAGAGUUUAGUGGUUUCUUUUCUUUCCUUCUCUAGCUCUCUCUCUCUCUCUCUCUCUCUCUCUCUCUCUCUCUCUCUCUCUCUCUCUUCCCCCCCCCCAUUUGGAAACAUUCCAAGUGCAGUCAACAUUUGAAUAGAGCUUUUUUUCAAAGUUAUGCAGUGUCUAUACAAUGGAAUACUACUCAGAAGUACAAAGGAAUGAACUAUUGAUACACCUAACAUGGAUGAAUCACCAAGUAAUUACAGUGAGUGAAAGAAGCCAGACAAAGAGUUCAUACUGUCAUCUUCUGUUACCAGAGCACUCUAGAAAAUGAAGUCUAACCUAGAGUGACAGAAAGGUCAAUAAUUACCGAGGGGUGGAGCAGUGGUAGGGGAAGUCCAAAAGGGCAAGAGGAAGCUUCUAGGAGCACUGGAUAUGCUCAUUACCUUAAUUGUGGCAGCGAUUUCAACACAUGUCAAAAGUUACCAAAUCCUACAAUUUAAACACGUGCCAUUUAUUAUAUGCCAGCUGUACCUCAGCAAAGCUGGUAAUAGAAUAUAUAAAAUUUGCACAGCAGAAAACACCAAAAAUAAGUUUUAAGUGGUAACCUGAGGAAACAGUUGCCACCCAUAUUGUAAGCACAGAGUGAAUUAUUUUCAUUAAGUUUAUUCAAAGCCCUUUACAUUGAGAAAAUGAGAGAAUAAAAAAAGGAAAUGUUACUGAUUCCAGGGUAAAAUGAUGCUAGACUGGCUCACAUAUGAUAGAGUGUAAAUAUAAGUACUCUGUGACUUACAUUUCUUUGAUUAUUUAGUAAAAGACUGGUAAUUCUCAAUGGGUGAGUAUAUAGGGAAAGUUAGCCUUAUUCAUUGAUUCUAUAAGAAAAAAAUGGAUGGAAUCUCAGUGGAUAUCAAAAUUUAAAAAAAUUUUCUAUAAAUCUAUACAUUUGCAAAGUGUUUUGGUCUGGAAACAAUGAUGCCUAUGCUUCCUAAGUAGCAAAACACUGCAAAUUGCUAAUAUAUCCAUCUAUGAAGGUCUGCUUAUUUGAUGAAGAUCCAUCAAUCAAUCAUUAAAGCUAUGAGGAUGGCUUUUCAGCAGUAUGAGGAACAGCCCUGAUAGCUGAUCCUACAAGUAAUAGAAUCUCUGGCUCAGCAGAAUAUGACAGGUUCCACCAUGCCUUUGUCAUUGCAAGUUAGAAAUCUAUCUGUUCUGUGUUCUAAAACAGUUUGAAAACAUUAGAGGUUAAAUAGUGGUUGGCAAUAUGGCUCAGUGAGUUAAGAUACCUGCUGCCAAGCCUGAUGACCUGAGUUUGAUCACUAGGAUCUACUUGUUGGAAAGAGAGAAGCAAUUCCUACAAGUUCUUUCUCAGCCUCCACAGAUGCUAUGAGGUGCACCCACCCCCACCACCCUGCUUGUACAUGUGUUCACAUGCACACACAUAUAAUAAGUGUAAAUUUUUUUUGAAUGUACAUAGACCUAAAUUGUAUAACCAUCUGGGCCUAAUACAAAAUCUUAACUGCUUUUAGUCUUUUUUGUGGUAAUGUAUUCUAAAUUAGUUUAGUGCAUGCUUUAAGGGAUAAUUUAUUCAUUGCUGUGUAAUUUCCUGAAGCAUUUCAACUGUGUUGCCACUUGGUAGCAACUAAUUUUCUUUCAGUAGUUUAUGCUCUUUUCUAUAAAUUUUUCUUGCCUGUGCUUUUAUAGUUUUGCUUUUUUCUUAGUCAAGUUCAUGAGAGAUUUAUCUGUCCUGCUAAUUAUUAAAUAUUAUGUUUAUUCUCUUAUCAGAAAACUAUCUUUGUCUAUAUUUGUUUUCUUCUUAGUCAUCUUGGGCUAUGAUAUCUAUUAAUUCCAUCUUCCUAAUUAUCUUUAAUUUAUGUGUUUUCUUUUUAAACUUAAUUAAGAGUAAUACUUAGUUCACUUAUUUAAAGUCCCUUUACCAAGAGGCAUUUUAAAAGCUAUAAAUUUUCCUCUGAUCACAGCUUUAGCUGUGAUAUGUAAGACUUAGUAUGAAAUAAUGGCUCAUUUCAUCCCCCCUUUUUAAAAUAAUUUUUGUUUUGUUUCUUCUCUUUAAUCUAGAGUUCUUUUAAAUGUUUGCUUGAUUUUUAAGCAAUAAAUUUUUAUCACUGUAAUUUAUUUCUGGUUUAAUAGGCUUACAGUGAAAGGAUGCAGUGUAUGAAAGCCCCAGUUUUCUUAAAAGAGCUCCUUUGCAGCAUCAAAGUCUAAAAAUUAAAGCAUUAUUUUUGUACCUUGUAACUUGGGAUGUGACCUGUUCCACAUACCUAAGUUAAAAAGAGACCUUCUUCAUUUGUGGGUUACAGAUUUGUCUGCAUACACAGAUAAAAUACAUGAAGAUGGAUUAUAUAUCCAUUCAUAUACAUUUAUUUAUUUAAUUAGCUACGUCUAUUUUGCCCUGUAUUCAUCUCACCACAACCUAAUACAUCUAACUAUUUUGAAAUAUUGAAAUUAAAUCAUUCCUUUACAGUUACACUCUUAAAAAACAGAGGCAAAUUCAUAGUGUUCAGAGCAUUAUUUACAGCCAUGCUUCUCGAGCCCACAGCCCUGUUCCACCAUUUAUUGUUAUAUGACCCUGGUCCAACUACUGCCUUUUUAUACCUCUGUUAUACAUCAGUGAAAUCAAGAUUCUAACUGUGGGGCCAGCAAGAUGGCUCCCUAGGUAAAGGCACUUGCUGCCAAAGCUGAUGACCUGAAAUCAAUUCCCUGUACCCAUAUGUUAAAAGGGAGAAAAUUGGUUACUGUAAGUUGUUCUCUGACUUACACACACACACACAGGUACCCUCCACACAGGUACACACACAGGCACAUAUGAGUCUACACAUAUGCAUGUGUCCAUGCACAUAUAUAAAUUAAAAUUGAUUUUAAAAAUGGUAAGAAAAACCCCUACUGCCUAACUGCCUACUGCAAGCAUUGCUGUAGUAUACAAAUAUGAGGAUGUAGGUUCCUACCCAACAUGCAAUGAAGACUCUGGUGUCUGUCUCCUAUAAUUUGACCCCAUGUUCUAUCAACACCAGACCUGUUCUCUAUCAGACAGCUCUGUGUUCCACCUUCUUCUAUUUUAUUGCUCAUGCCACAAAUCUUGGGGGGGUAUUCUUUCUCUUAAACUUUUUUAAAAUUGUAUUACUAAUAUUUAUACUCCUAGAUUUAUAGUUGAGUAUAAUGUAUAUAUACAAGUUUUUCUUUGCUAGGUUCUCCUCUGUUACCUAGAAUGAUAAACAACGAUUUUAUUUUCUUAUAUUUUUCCUGAUGCUCAUAUAAUAUACAAUGAAAUCAAACAUACAUAUUAUGAUGGAGCCUUUUUGUUGUUUUUGAAACAAAUGGGAGCCACAAAAUUCAUGGUUUUCUAUACCUUGCUCUUCAUACAGUCAUACAACCACAGCUUCCUCUGAGCUUUUUUUAUCUCUCAUUUCUAUUCCAAUCUAAAAUUAUAUUGUUUACUUCAUUCCUCUUGGGAUCCUGAACCAUGAUGUUCUUGGUUGCUUGAAAUAUACUUUGCUUUAGGUUUAAGUCAAUUUUCUAAAAGUCUUUCUUAAACUCAUUUACCAAUAUACAGGUUUUUUUUCUUUUUAUUAUUAAGGA